GCCACCAGGACGUAAAUCAGGCGGAAAUAGAAAACCAAGAUGUCAACAAGCUCUGAUGCUAACAGGCUAAUAGGCUAACCCGACAACAACUGCCCUUUUACACUGGUCUAACGUGUCUAACAGGGACAUUUUUUAUAUUCGUUAACUGAUAAGCUUAUCGGGUCCAAAAGUCUGUCACUCGUGCAGUUUGGAGCGGAAAAGCGUGUGAGUGGUGCGGUACUGUGUGAGCUAAAGCUAACUAAAGAUAACUGCUAACGGCUCUUCCAGUCUUCCUGUCUACAGCUCGCCCGCAUUAAAACUCGGGCCAGGAUGGCGGGGAAGCUGGGUGAGGAGCGGCUCAAGGAGAUGGAGGCUGAAAUGGCCCUCUUUGAGCAGGAGGUCCUUGGAGGCCCGGUCCCAGGAGGCCCCUCGGUGAUGGAGGCUGUGCCCAUGGCCCUGGCUGUGCCCAUGGUGCGGCCCAUCAUCGGCACCAACACCUACCAGCAGGUCCAGCAGACCCUUGAGGCCAGAGCUGCUGGCUUCGUGGGACCUCCAGGACCUACCUUUGUGGCUCCAGUGCGGGCUCCUCCUCCCAUGAUGCGGCCAACCUUCGUGCCUCACAUCCUGCAGAGGCCUGGCACUCGGUUGCCCAUGGCCCCGCCUCUGCCCCGCCCCCCACCUCCACCUCCCAUGAUGGUGCCCCCUCCGCUCCAGAGCCAGGCACAGGUGUCCCAGCCCAUCCAGCACAUGAGCGUCACAACUGGGGUGGGAGACAUGAUGACACCCAUGGGUGACUCUAGCGUGUCUGCAGUGGUCACCAGCAGCGCCCCUGUGAUCCAGGCAGCACCCACAGUUUACUCGGCCCCUCCCGCCACCGUUGUGCGCAAACCAGAGCGCACGCAGAGGCAGGCCCGCAUGGAGGAGCUGGCGGCGCGUGUGGCAGAGCAGCAGGCCGUCGUCAUGGCAGCAGGACUUCUGAACAAGAAGGACCCCGAGGAGAGCCCCACCACAAUGAGAGUCAGCAGACCCGAGCCAGAGCCACCUCACAUUGAGGUGGAGAGUGUAUCUGAGGACAAGAGGAAGUCAAAGGGGGACAAGUUGAAGAAGUGUAUCCGCACAGCAGCAGGGACAUCUUGGGAGGACGCGUCUCUCUUGGAGUGGGACUCAGAUGACUUCCGGAUCUUCUGUGGAGACCUGGGGAAUGAGGUGAACGAUGACAUCUUGGCCCGAGCGUUCAGCAGAUAUCCCUCUUUCCUCAAAGCAAAGGUGGUCCGAGACAAACGGACCGGAAAGACCAAGGGCUAUGGUUUUGUGAGCUUUAAAGACCCGAACGACUACGUGAGAGCCAUGCGUGAGAUGAACGGGAAGUACGUGGGCAGCCGUCCCAUCAAACUGCGGAAAAGUAUGUGGAAGGAUCGAAACAUUGAAGUGGUCCGCAAGAAGCAGAAGGAGAAGAAAAAACUGGGGCUGCGGUGAUGUCUGCUCACAUGAGUUUAGUUUUGUUCAGAGAUGUGAUUCUGUAAAUGCUUUUAGUUAAUAAAAGGUCAAAAUGAA